UCCGGAUGUGACGAUUUUUGCAUGAGAUAAAGGCCCAUUGGAUUUGGUGUAGGCAUAUCGGUAUUGGAGCCAAUCAGGGGAACCCGGUUUCGGACAAACGCUGUCUCAGUAGACUGAAUUGAGGCCUAUUUGAAAUCAGUGACCAUGGAGCAGUACACAACUGCCACCACAUCUACUGGUGAACAGAUAAUGGUGCAGACCACUGGGGGGCAGAUCCAACAACAGGGCACAGUGACUGCAGUGCAGUUGCAGGCUGAGGCCCAGCUAACUGCCUCAGGCCAACAGGUUCCAACUCUUCAGGUGCAGGGACAGCCUCUGAUGGUGCAAGUGAGCGGUGGUCAGCUCAUCACCUCGACGGGCCAGCCCAUUAUGGUCAUGGGGGGGCAGGGAGCACAGGGCCAGACCAUCAUGCAGGUGCCAAUGUCUGGUGCACAGGGGCUCCAACAUAUCCAGCUGGUGCAGCCUGGACAGAUCCAGCUCCAGGGGGCUCAGACUCUACAGGUCCAGGGCCAACAAGGCCAGACCCAGCAGUUCAUCAUCCAGCAACCCCAAACAGCUGUUACGGCAGGACAGAACCAGGGCCAGCAACAGAUCACAUUGCAGCCAGGGCAGCAGGUGGCUCAGACUGCAGAUGGCCAGACCAUUGUGUACCAGCCAGUCAAUGCUGAUGGCUCCCUUCUGCAACAAGGUGUGAUCACCAUUCCUGCCUCUAGUCUGGCCGGUGCUCAGAUUGUACAAGCAGGUAACAACACCAACACAACCAACAGUGGUCAGGGCACAGUCACCGUCACACUGCCGGGGAACAUGGUCAAUGCAGGCGGCAUGGUCAUGAUGGUUCCAGGUGGCGGUGCCACUGUUCCCACCAUGCAGCGUAUCCCCUUGCCUGGAGCGGAGAUGCUGGAGGAAGAGCCUCUGUACGUCAACGCUAAGCAGUACCAUCGCAUUCUGAAGAGACGCCAGGCCCGUGCCAAGCUGGAGGCCGAAGGGAAGAUUCCCAAGGAGAGGAGGAAAUACCUACACGAGUCUCGUCACAAACAUGCCAUGGCCAGGAAGAGGGGAGAUGGCGGUCGCUUCUUCUCGCCGAAAGAAAAGGAGGAGAUGGCUCUGGCCAUGCAGGUCCAGGUGGAUCAACCACAGGCUGGAGAGGAGGCGGCCGGGCAGGUCAUCCGUGUGUCGUAACCUUCAGAAACCCUGUAAGGCGUGUGCUCAUGUGUUUGUCUUUGUGAGAAUUGUUUCACGGGGGGGAGGAUUCCGGACAGAUGUCCACAAAUCAAUGCUUUCCAACCAGUGCCAAGCUGCCCAAGGUCCUUGCCCAGAACAUUGGAAGAGCGCAGGACAGAUGGUGACAUGGCCAGCAUACAGAGAUAGUAUGGGCUUCGAUUUCAAAUUGUAACCAUGGGAACACAGGAAAAAUUGGGCCCUUCUGGAAUUGUACAAUCAAGAUCCCGAAAAAAAUCACAAAGUGCUUUCAAAAGCAUCCCAUGUUUUAUGUUUCUCUUUCAUGUCUAGUUAUGCCACGCGAUAACAAUUGUAGUAGGCCACAAGCCUGAAGUGGUUGUUAUGGUAACCCUCCUUCCAGCCUGAUGCUCUUCAGAAAUGCCGUUGUAGUUUUUAUUCUUAGGACAGAUUGUAUCCUCUAGUUUGUAUUGAUGCAAUUGUAACCACUGUAAUUUAUUUUGAAGCCACCUCCCUUGCGAUAUUUCUAUUUGGUUUUUAAAUCAUCACUGUCUACUAAACCCCUGUGUGCAUAUUUAAUGAUAUAUGUUAAUUUGUAUAAUUUCCCCGUGACUCGUCUUUUUCAAAUGCUAGGAAAUGUUAGGGAAUUAAUCUAAACUCAGUGACAUGUUUAUUGGGUACUGCCAACUAGUAUUGGGUGGGACCCAUUUACCUCGAGAGCAGUCUUUCUUAUCCAGUACAACACCAGUGCAUUUAAACAAUCUAUGAGAUCUAAUAAUCUCAUAUAUGCCAUUUCCUUUUUGUUUUAGCAUAAAUUGACUCAAAGAACAUGAAUGACAAAUUGGGGUGGAAUCGAAAGGAUCUUUUAAUCAUUCGUUUUGAAAAUAACAAAAGAGUUGUUCCACUGUUCAGACCAGCAAAAAUGGAAACCGUUUCUGAGAAACGUUGUGCCCCACCAAUAAAAUCGGACAAGGGGAUGGUGUAAUUGCCCACCACCGAUGAAAUCGAAAGGGGCACAGUGUGAUUGGUUCAGUCUAAAAAAAGGUCCAUUAAUACGUGUUUGCAUAGUUGUGUGUGUAUAUAGAAAAUUCACUGGCCAAAGCAAGCUGUUGUGUAGGUAAGUGGUCAGAGCAGCUGCAUACUUUGUGUAUUUAUAAAAAUGUCUCCUCAUUUAGAACAAUUGUAAAUGACUGUAAAUCCCAAAGAACCUGGAUUGAGAGAAAAUUGUUACUUGGCUACUAUGGAGAAUUAUUAAUAUUGAAUGGUGUAAUGUUUUUUUAAAUUAUGCUCUUAAAUUCAGUUCUGUAAUCUAGCACAUUGUGAUAAAACACGGGUAAAUUAUGUCUUCCUGUUGAGAGACAGCAUUUUCAUAAUUAUAUUGAUUUACACAAGCAAAGGCAUUAAUCCAUUAACAGGUGUGCUUGUAUGUUUGUAUAUGGAAAAUGUGCAUGUUACCAAGUUGCUGCAUGGUGCAGUGAUCAGCAGAAUUAUCUUUUUAUCCAAAGCUUGACAGUUGUUGACAGAUCCUAGCUUAGUGACAGCCCACCCAUUUGAGUAAUAGGGGCAGAGCCUAACUUCAUUAAAUUGUUUUUUAUUAUUAUGGAUUAUGUUUCAAAUUCUGAUAAGUGUGGCAAAACGAAGUGUGUGUAAAAAAAUAAUAAAGAGAUUGAAAACAA